GGUUAAACUGAUAACAGACGUGGAGUUUAGACAGUCUGUCUGUGAGCUGAUAUUAGCAUCAACAACACGUAAUGAAAGAUGGUAUGGAUUACCACUGCGACUCGAGGACCUUUCUUUCUUUGACACCGGAAGCUCGGAGAUGUAUUUAGUCUUAAAUUAGCGAUAUGACAUGUUUUCACCUCUGAAGGCAGCCAAAGCUCGCUCAUCGAUCGCCUGCAGGGGCAACAUUGGAUUAGCUAGAAACGUGAUUUGAACUGUCAGAAACCGAAAUGCCUGAAAACAUGUCCCCGGUCCCCGUCCUGCCGCUGGUGAUUAACUGUCUCUUGUCUGUGCUCGGCUGUUUGGGCACACUGAAACUCAUUCCUGCUUUCAAAGACCAUUUCAUCUCAGCCAGAUUAUACGGAAUGGACCUAAACAAAACAUCCAAAAAGGAAGUCCCAGAGUCCCAGGGAGUCAUCAGUGGGACUGUCUUCCUGAUCAUCCUCUUCUGCUUCAUCCCAGUGCCUUUUCUUAGCUGCUUUGUAGGAGAUCAGUGCAUGGGCUUCCCACAUGAUGAGUUUGUACAGUUGAUUGGUGCACUUCUGGCCAUCUGCUGCAUGAUCUUCCUGGGCUUUGCUGAUGAUGUGCUGAACCUGCGAUGGAGACACAAACUCCUGCUUCCCACCAUGGCUUCCCUGCCGCUGCUAAUGGUCUACUUUACCAACUUCGGCAACACAGUUAUCGUGGUGCCCAAGCCCUUUAGAGCCCUGCUUGGCCUGCACUUGGAUCUGGGUAUUCUCUAUUACGUCUACAUGGGAAUGCUGGCAGUAUUCUGCACAAACGCCAUCAACAUCCUAGCAGGCAUCAAUGGCAUCGAAUCGGGUCAAGCCCUGUUUAUCUCCGGAUCUAUCAUCAUCUUCAACCUGCUGGAGCUGAGCGGAGAUUACCGUGAUGACCACGUUUUCUCGCUCUACUUCAUGAUACCAUUCUUCUUCACCACAUUAGCACUUUUUUACCACAACUGGUACCCUUCAUCUGUGUUUGUGGGAGACACUUUCUGCUACUUUGCUGGGAUGACCUUCGCUGUAGUCGGCAUCCUGGGACAUUUCAGCAAAACGAUGCUGCUGUUCUUCAUUCCUCAAGUUGUUAACUUUGUCUACUCCUUGCCUCAGCUGUUUCGCAUCAUCCCCUGUCCCCGACACCGGCUCCCCAGGCUGAAUCCAGACACAGGCAAACUGGGGAUGAGCUACUCUAAAUUCAAAAGAAAGGACCUAUCUAAAUUAGGACACCUCAUCCUGAAGGUGGCAGAGUUAUUAAAGCUGCUCGAGGUGCGAAGAGCCCAGGAGGGAGAUGAUGAUUUUAUUGAGUGCAACAACAUGACCUUAAUAAAUCUGGCACUGAAAUUACUCGGACCCACCCAUGAGAGAAACCUCACAGCCAUCAUGCUCAUCAUACAGGUGAUGGGCAGCGCAAUGGCUUUUGGGAUACGUUAUCACCUGGUGCGGCUCUUCUACGACGUCUAGACGGCUUGUCAGGAAAGAGGAGAGAAUGUGGACUGAGGAAGUAUGAUUUUGUUGUGGAGCUAUUUUUACAGGCUCAGUGGUUCAGCUGCCUUUUUUAAAUAGGUUCCAUUACCUCACUGUUACUUUUCUGCCUCAGACUCUGCCUGCAGUACUGACCCAAUGCAAGAUUCAAAGCUAUAUUUCACCUCUUAAAACAUUUUCACAUACGGUGCAUAAGCAUAAACUGCGAGGGGUCUGACAUCAACAGUGGGCACUCUGAGUUAUUUUCUUAAGUUUCAGAAAUGACAAGCAGAAAAAAAGUAACUGGGUCCUGAUGAUCUUGUGUGUCCACCCUGGAGGUAUAUUUUUGUACUUGUGUUUUUUUAAAGGAAAGUACAGUAAGUGGGCAUGACUUUGGGUCUUAAGCCCAACAUCAGUGGCUGCCAGCUACUAAAUUGUUACCACUUGAUAACAGAUUGAAAGAUGCUCCAAAAAUUAGAGAAAUACUCAAACAGCAAUCUGUUGCUUGAAUCUGCAGCUAAAGCUAAAAUGGCUUGGGGGAAAUGUACCCAUUCAUGCUUAAUUUUACUUUCAAUCCACGCAACAUUAAUAAUAUGAAUUAUUAAAUUAAUAUAAUUUUGUUUUGUUUUUUUAAAAAAAAAAAUUUCCUCUGAACAAACGCACAUAGAGUGGUCAUGAAGAAAAGCAGUGAAGAGAUGAGGAAUCUGUAAUCAGUCUAUAGACAGGGUAUUAGCUGGAGGCGGGUAAAUAGACGGAAUAUUAGAAGAGAGAUUAUCAUGCUUGGAUAGUUGUUAAAGUUACUUAAGGGUCCAUGGGAGGUAAAAGGUGUCCUGAUGAGAAAAAUGAGAAUUGAUUGUUUAUAUAUCUCUUGGUAUUAUUGGAUACAUAGCUGUAUUUUUAUGACUGAUAUGCAUUUUUCCCCUGAGGGUUCAGCAAACAUCAAUGUGAAGUAAACUGGCACUGGAUUAUUUUGCUAAUAGGAAUGUAACAAGUGACAAACUCUUUACUGUGGAGAUGGAAGCCUCAAAUUCAAAAAUAAAAUCUGAAAAAAAUGAA